AUGUCCUCCUCCACAUCCCAGGUGACAGAACCGAUCUUGACUCCUGCCGGCAAGAUGCAACUGUUGGAGCAUGGCCCAGACAUGAACUCUGUGUUCCUUGAGGUCUUUGGAAAAGAUCAGGAUGUCGUCAAGAUAUCCUCUGCUCCAUCCUCAGCGAGCCUAUGUCGGGAGGGCUCCGACAUCUUCACCUCAGUCAGAGAGAAUAGUCCAACAGGUGAAUUCAUCUCCAGCAUCAACAUCACUGCAGGUCCACGAGCUAACACCAUCCGCCUGUGUCUGUCUGGACGCAACGCCAACUGGUUCUACUUAGAGGGCCGGACCAUCAGACUCAACUCCUCAGUGUUCAGAGUCCUCGACCGAGAGGUGGAGGGAUCAGUGCUCAUCGCAGAGCUAAUUUGCUAUGAAAAUGACAUCAUACAGGGUAACUACAGGAUUUUGGUGGAGAUUCUGAAUGAAAAUGACAACAAACCAAACUUCCUGUUGGAGACAAUUCAGCCGUUCACCAUCAGUGAGCUGACAGCAGUGAACUCGGUGGUUUUCACUGUGAAGGCCGAUGAUGCAGAUGGGGACGUGAUCAGCUACAUCCUCGACCCGUCAUCACAAGAUGCCCAGUUCUUCAGGAUCGACCUGCCCAAUACUGGAAAGGUAGUUCUGAACAAACCUCUGGACUAUGAGACAAGAACUCACCUGCAGCUCAUCAUGUGGGCCCAGGAAUCAAACACUGUGGACAAGUUCAACACAUCUGCUGUUCUCACCAUCAACAUCGAGGAUGGUGAUGACCAGUAUCCUCACUUCUUGCCCUGCACACCUGUGUCUCCAGGUGUGCCUGUCUGCAUGAAUCCCACCUACACGGCCAACAUCACACAGAAACACCAGGACGUGGGUCUGGACUUUUCUCCUGGCCCAAUCACAGCAGAGGAUGGAGACAAAGGGAUCAAUGCUCCUCUCACCUACACCAUCCUCUCAGGUGAUGAUCAGGGCAGGUUCACAAUCAACAACACAACAGGUGAGAUCAGGUUAACCAGAGCAGCAGAUGACCGACGACUGACAACAAACUACAUGCUCACAAUCAUGGUGUGCCAGGUGGAUGACAGGUUGAAGUACAGUGUGGCGUCAGUUCUGGUCAGAGUUCUCUAUGAGAACGCAUUUCCUCCGGCCUUCAACAGAACCACUUACAAAGGUUUCAUCAUCCAGAGCUCUAGCCCUGCCUCCAUCAUCUCCACCUAUGGGAACCAGGUGUUGCAGGUCCAGGUGUCAGACCGUGACUUCCCUGAUGGCAGGAACCCAAAUAUCCACUAUUUGCUCCAUCCUCCAUCCGAAUUGUAUCAAGUCACAAAGGAGGGGGUUCUGAUCGCCAAGACAAACCAACUGCACGCCUUUGACAGACAAAUCCUACAGGUCAUCGCCAGAGAUGAAGAGUCAGGAGAAGAAGUGUCAGCUUCAGUGGACAUCGAAGUCCUGCAGAGAGGCCAAGCAGGUGAGCGACCUGUGCUGUGUGAUUCUCAGGUGAGCAGCCCAGCUGUCUUUGUGGACGAGUCGUCACACGGCAGCAGAGCUUUUACUCGUCAGUCUGGCAGUUUUCAUGGCAGACAAGGAGUUUACACCAGGAGGCCAUCUCUGCUUCCUCCUCCAUCAUCAUCACAGCUCAGCGAGCCUGGAGAGAGCAGGACCAGACUCCCUCUUCCUCCUCCAUCAACAUCAUCAUCAUCAUCAUCACACCUGUUUACUGUUGCAGAGAAACAUGAAGGUGGAGAUCACACCUGGGAGGCUCUGAGGUUGCCAGUUGAGUCCGCAAGUAUUCAUGGUGAAGACAUACCAGCAGUCAACACUGGGAUGCCUCAGAAAGACGAAAACAUGAAGACUGAUUGAUCAGAGGAGACGCCACUGGAGUACAAACCCUACCAAUCAGAAACCAGAAAGAAACAAGUCACAUAUUCAGCCAAUUAGAGAGCAGGAGUCCAAACUGUACUUUAGUCAUAUUCGUGAUUCACUUUUUUUUUUCUUCUGGCGGCCUUAUUGGGGGGUUUUUUGUGUCUUUUUGUGGAGAAAAAAGUUCAAAAAUAAAAACAAACUUUUAAUGAUGUCAGUCUUUCUAUUGUUUCCAGAAGAUUAAUUAAUUUUGUUCUGAUAAUCAGAUCCCGACUUUAAUAAAUCAGGAUUUUACAGACACAUUUGUAAAAUCAACCCAGCCAUCUGUCCGUCCAUCCAGCCAUCAUCAAUCCAGGUAUCCAUUUGUCUGUCCAUCCAUCCUUUACCUUACCCUAACCUGUCACCUGAGGAGUCAGUCUUGUGUUCAUGUUUAUCAAUCAGGACUAUUGAUCAGUUUCUUUUUUUGAUUGUAAAAAAAAUAAAAAUAAAUCAUCAUCCCCUACUGCAGCUCUCGAGGUGGAAGCUCAAGCUCUUCACCUUCCUCACUUCUCCCUGGCCCUUCUUCACACUAAAAACAGCUAUCAUGUUUCCAGUGAGAGAUCACAUGACCGGUAGUCCUUGUGACAUCAUCGUGUUGCAGAAAAAAGCAUAUUAAACACAUAAAGAAAAAUUUAUAAAACGGAUCAGUAUUGAUUACCUGCACUGAUAAUGUCUGAUAAUAAAACACAUUGU